GAACAUCUUGGUUCACAAUCACGCAUGAAUAGGCCUAUUUACAAGAAUCAACUAUACUUUACAAGCAGAUCGAUAGCCAUAUAAAAUGGCAUCAAGCAGCAGUAACUUCACGGAAAAGCGUUCAGAAUCAUCUUCCAAGCAAAAUCGCUCCAAAGAUCCAAUACAACUCUCCCCCUUCGACGCUAUCUCUAAUCGUAUAACUCCAAGCGCACUCCUCGCCAUGCCAUUCAUCUCCAUUCUCAUCGGUGUCUCCUCCCGGCACCCCACAAAACCCAUCUACGCUAUCUACUCCCCCAACAAUGCCUCUCUCCAAUAUGUCCACGGGGACGGUACCCUCAUCGAACCCCUCUACAUCUGUCCGCUCCUCACCUUCAACACCGGCGAGAAACUCUGCUCUCGUCAACGUCUCAACAUAAUCGAAUGCAUGAAUCGUUCUGCACGAUAUUACCAAAUGAUGCACUCUCCCUCCUGGAACGAAGACGGGCCCCUCGAGAAAGCCUUCCGCGGUCCUUUCACCACCGAGAAAAGCGUCAAAGAAGCUCUGACAUAUAUCUCCGAUCUUCGUUUUGGACCCGACAAUAUUGCAGCUCUUAGAACACUUCCUCUCGAUCGUCAUCUCGUCUCGAAUCUUCCAGAUCCGAGCUCUCCCUGCGUUUCUCUUACCGCUCCUCCCGUGUGGGACUUUAUGCACGAGAGUAAGCUAUUAGAGUAUUUCCAGGCAUUUAUCCAACGCUUUCGAAGUCACGUUUCCUAUCCGAUUUUCAAAACGGCAGCGUAUGUUCUCGCGGGUAUGGAACAAGUCGGUGCAAUCUACUGGCAAAGCGGACGUGAAGCAGUCAAAACACAGGGAGGGUGGACCGUGGAUGAUUUUCUGGCCCGGUUUGCGAAGUAUGAACAAUUUACCAAGGAGUGGAAGUUUUUGUACGCGCCGAAUCCGGUUACGUGGUUGGAAGCGGAGCUGGCGGAUGAAGCGAGGAGAGAGAGAAUGGGCGGGAGGAGAAGGAAAGCUCCGUGGAUGGGAUUGGUAGAGGGAGUUGAGAUGGUGGAAGUUGUGAGUUGGGAAGCGCUGGGUAAGUUUUAUUGGGAUGAUGGAGAGGAGGGUAGGGGAUAUCCGAGAGUGUUUCCUCGUGAGGAGGAUGGGUUUGAGGAUGGUGGCGAUCCUGAAAUUGUGAUAAAGAACGAGAAUUUAAAACCCGAGGCGCGAAGUGGUAGUUCGUACGAGCCGAAGUAUUUUGGUGAGUCGACAAAGAAAGGGCAUGGGAAGAAUGGAAAGAGAAAUCGGGAGGAAUACGACGAGAGUCCAGCGAUGAAAAGAGCCAAGUCGGCUGCGCUGAAUAUCAUUUCAGGCUCUUGAUAAUUCUUUAGAUUUUUUGCAGAACAGUUGAUCGCUGAUUUAGUGCAUUUCAAAUCACUGGUCAUGAAGGAAGUAGACGUAGCUUCGACGAUAUUUUCUACUCCACCAUCGAGGUAUCAAGUCAUUCAAUGAUUUAGUUUCUAGGAACGGUAAUGACUCCUUAUUAAUUAUCAUACUGUGCUAGAGGUCUAUGGAUUUUCUCUUCA